AUGGCCAGCUCAAACGCCAGUAACAAUGUUCGCUUCAGCCCCGAAAGCUACCCGCCAUUCCUGACAGACCUACCCACAGCUCCUAUCGAGAAGAUUUCCCUGCGAAAGCUGCUAGAAAAGGACGAUGAAGAGGCGAACAGGCUCUUUUUCGCGUGUCAGAAGCAUGGAUUCUUCUAUCUCAACGUUCGUGACCAUCCAGAAGGCGAAGCUCUUCAAACGGGCGCCCUCCAGAUGGCACGACUAGCCGAGGAAACAUUUCAGCUUCCACUAGACGAGAAGAGAAAGCAUCACCAGGCUUACAAUGGCAGCAUCUACGGCUACAAAAGCGCUGGGGCACAGAAGACCGACGCACAAGGAACGCCAGAUACCGUUGAGUUUAUGAGCAUAGCGAAAGAUUUCGUCGUCAACGAUGCGCCCAGCCCGAACCAGAAUCCGUCCACGAUCGUGGAAAAUAAGGAGAUACUGAAGCCGUUCGUCACGAAAGCCCACGAAACCGGCGUGUUUCUACUGACGCUGGUUGGAACCAAACUCGGACUUGUCGAAGAGGAAGUCAAGAACCGACAUCGAAUCGACCAGCAGUCUGGAUCUCAGUUGCGACUGACACGAAGUCCACCUCUAGACAAGACGCGAGACCCCGAAAGCCAGAUCGCUACGACUUCACACACGGAUCUUGGCAGCAUCACCAUUUUAUUCAACUGGCUGGGAGGCCUUCAAAUGUGGGAGCCAGAACACCCAGACGGCAGCAAGUUCUGGAGCGCUUCGCGCCUGUCACAAAAGGGGCGCUGGACUUAUGUCGAACCCGUUCCUGGUUACGCAAUAGUCAACCUGGGCGAUGCGAUGACCAAGUUCAGCAACGGCGUCCUGAAUUCAGGAAAGCAUCGCGUUCUUCCGGCUCCCGGAGAACAAGGAGAUUUUGUACGUUAUAGUGUGGCAUACUUCGUGGGGCCAGAGGAUGACACGGUGUUGAAGGUGCUUGAGGCAGCUGGGAUUCCCCAAUGGGAAGGUGAAAAAGAACCGGAGAAGACAUUUGGUCAACAUGUCUUGGACUUUGGGAGAGCGAAAUACGGCAAAGACUUGGUGAAAAUCUUCCAAGAGAAGAACAAAGCAGUGGUUGCGUAG